GCUUGUGAGUGUGGUUUUUCAUUCUGAAUUUUUUUCUUUUCUCUUUAGAAAAUGGUUAUCGAUAUUUUGUGUGACAAAAUGCAUCGAAAAACUAAAAAGGAGCCGAAGAAAAAGGAGUGUGGCGUGGAUAUGUCAUCUUCUCCGAAUGUGGUGGUCUCAGACGCUGUACCUGCAGAUCAUCCCAAAUCUUCCUCCUUCAUGAAACGCACAUUCAAACCUGUGCGCCGGGCUUUCCGCAGAAUACUAUCUGUGUUUCUGCCGUGUGUGUCAUCCUCUGAGCUGGACGAGUCCACCAACACUCUCACAUCCAGCAUCGACACACACACUGAUGCGACUUCUUCUCUUGCAGUCAGUGGAUCCUCUGAUCCAGAGCUUGAUCUGCUGCCUGCCAUCCAGGAGAAAGAAGCCAUCAGAGCCUUACCCAAAGAGUUGAGCACCUCCUCCAGCAACAGUGAUGGUUAUUCCUCGUCUGCAGAAUGGGAAUUUUCAGAUGUGGAGAACAUGCGAGGCUGUAGCUCUUCCAGCUCUGUGGGUUAUUCCUCCUCCGAUGAUAGCGUGAUGAUUGAUCAGCUAGCAGAACUUCAGGGAACUGAAGAUGCAACCGGAGAUGAAAACGUCUCUGAUGUGGAUUUUGACUGCGUUCUCGAUGCGCUGGCCACUGCGACGGCUCAGUCUAACGGUCUGUCUCAGGCUGAGAUACUGCGGCUCAUCCAGUGCAAUCCACAGCAGGAGCAGAUCGAGGUCGAGCAGCAGAGAGACACGGAGGAGGAGGAGGAGGAUGUAAAGCUGCCUGAUGUGUCGACAGCAUCGCCAGCUAAAAUCAAGCACUUGGGUUUUCCUAAUUUAGGGAACACCUGUUACAUGAACUCCGUGUUGCAGUGCCUCCUCGCUGCUUCCCCGUUCCGGGACGAUGUCCUUUCCCAGCGGGAGCACUGGAAUGAGGGGACCACGAUGCUUAGGACACUUACUGACCUGCAGUUGACCAGGCUAACAGGCAAUGAUGUGAAGCUAAAGGUGAAGCUCUUGUCUGCAGUCAAGCGAGCCAUUGAAACUCACCAUCCGGAGUUCAUGGGAGACCAUCAGCAGGACGCCCAUGAGUUCCUGAUGGUCUGUCUGUCCCAUUUGAAGGAGGAGGGCGAGUUUCUGCAGCGCAUCUGGCCUCAAUACACCUGCCCAGUUCGUAACAUGGAGUUCAAACUCAACCGCCUGCGCACUUGUGACAGCUGUGGCUUCCAGAGGAGCUUCCUUGAGGAUUGCAACCACCUCUUGCUGGUCAUCGGGCCUCAGAGAAGAGUCACAGACAGCCUGCAGCAGUACUUCAAAACAUCUUCAUUUGAAUGCUCCUGCAGCGAGUGUGUCGGCACUACAACCUCAGAGGCCGUGCAAUUGAUCAACUUUCCACAAGUCCUGGUUCUUCUCAUCAUGCGCUUCGACGUGAGAUCCUCGAUGUGCAAACUAAAGGAUCGACUCGAGGUUCCAGAAGAGUUUACACUGUCCUCUAAUACAGGAGGAAGCAUCAGAUUGCAGGUACAAGCUAGCUGGAGUCGUGUCCCAUCUGGGCAGCAGUUUAUAUUGUGGACACUACAUCAGUCACGUACGGGACUUCGGCGGCUCUGGUUGGCUGGAGUGCAAUGAUGCCAGCAUCAAAAAAACCUUCCGGUCAAGUACAUCACGCAGCUUUCGGAAGAAUGGAUACAUGCUCUUCUAUGUGAAAGGUUGAGCAGCAGUGGUUAAAGCAGUCAGGAUGAGAAAGUUCCAGUCUCUAAACUCAUCUCGAGUUACACCAUUACACCAUGGGACCUGUCGAGGAACAUCCUGUGAAACCAAUGAUGGAAUCAUGAAGGCGAUGGUCAAGAGCCCUCUUGGUGCACGUGGGUCAGGGGAGACCGGGAAAACAGACGGGGAUACAGCAUUAUUGGCAGCGGCAACAACAGACUUAGACACUGUGGACUCCGAGGACACAGAGGAUGAGGUAAAGGGACAUGGCAGACGACAGGGCUCAGGAUCAGUGCUUGUGUAGCAGACUUCAAAUGUUGCGGGCUCAGGAUCAGGACAUCCAACCCGGCCCCAUCCAAGUGUGACAUCAGAAGCUGCCACGCCCAUGCCCAAAUUGGACACAUUCUCGUUAACAUUUAAAAACAGGAAGAACUAUCGAGAACGAGAAGAGAUCAAGAGAAGACUAGAAGACGAAGGUAACUGCGAAACAAAAUCAGCAAUCAUCUGGCUGGGAUAUCUCCUCACCGGUCUUCCUUUAUCAUUGCAGAGUUGAAGCCAUUCCUGCAGCAACUGGUGGAAAACGGGAUCUUUUUGGUGCUUUUGUUCUAGCAUAAAUAAUUUUGUUCUUUUGUAUAAUAUGAAUAAAUACAUAUGUAGAGUUUUGCCUUCUGAUUUCUGGCCAUAUCAUUUAGUGACUGCAUGUGCUGAUUCCAUCGUUAUUUUAUCUGAUAAUGAGCAAAUUAGUUAAACUU